AUGGCAAGACGUUUGAAGGUCGGGUUGGAUGUCAAAGAUUCUAGACGUGGGGUCGGCGUGCGUAGUCGUUGGUGGUGGGCGGUUGUGGAUGGUGUUGGUCGUCAGUCUGAAACUCGGGCCAUGCCAGGGGCGGGUGGACGGACGUCCAAUCGUCUCGCUCCCGCGCCGGCGGGGCCCGUCAGUCUGGAGCACGCGGCACCCACUCGCCCUAGCGGCGGCGGCUCUCUGCCUCCCUCAGUGGCUGCUGCAGACUUCGCACCUCCUCUCCCGCGCUACCCCUGCUCCGAGGGCGCUCUAGCUCUCGUCCAUGUAUCUCCGUAUCUUUUUCAUAUUGGGGCGAAGAUGAGGUACCUAACUAAAGUCGCAGAGGCGACGGCAGUCAAGGCAGAAGAAGAGGGCGCUAGAGACCUGACCUACUCGACCCCUGCAUGGGCUCUAUCGCUUGUGGAGUUCGACGUUCCCUCGAGGGGCUUGAAGGCCCCAAGCCCCAAAGCCCCCUUCCCCCUCAGCCUCACUCAGGAAUGUUCGAGCCUCUGGCCGCCUUGGACGACAGGCACGCGCGGCGGCGCCGAGAUCUGA